UUCUGACGGGACAGCAGACUCCGAGCAGCAGCACAAACAAACCCGUCCAGCUCUCUUCAACUUUACAUCCACAGCAGCAGAAAACAUGACCAUCAACACACUCAGCCAGGAUGGCGUGCAGAGACAGCAAAUGCCCUGUUUGACCAAGAUGGAGCGCAUGAUCAUUUCUAUGCAGGACCCCGAUAUGGGCAUCAAGCUGCGCAACCAGCGUCUGCUUAUUACAGUCAUCCCACAUGCAAUGACCGGUGCAGACAUUGUUGAAUGGCUGAUUAAGAAGUUAACUAUUUCUGAUGAAGCAGCGCACAUUGGACAGUUUCUCGUGAAGUAUGGCUACAUUUACCCUUUAAAAGAACCCAGAAACCUUAUUCUGAAAGCUGACGAAUCAGCAUAUCGUUUUCAGACACCGUAUUACUGGAUGUCUACACGCUGGCCUGCUUCAGAACUAGACUAUGCAAUCUACCUGGCCAAGAAGAAUAUCAGAAAACAAGGAGAAUUAAUCGAGUAUGAAAAGGAGUGCUAUAAUGCUUUACAUAAACGUAUCAACCACACCUGGGACUUUGUUGUGAUGCAGGCAAGAGAGCAGCUCAGGGCAUCAAAACAGCGUCGGAAGGCAGAUCGUAUAGUGCUGGAGUGUCAGGAACAAGCGUUCUGGCUAGUGAACAGACCUCCUCCGGGGACACUGGAUAUUAUGAAUUAUGGGCCCGAGAGAAGAACAAUGAACACACGCGUGCAGCUGAAUGCAGAAUUCUACAAAAAAGAGAUUGAACACAACAGGAUGAGCCUGGCGAGGAAUCGUGUCAAGUCCUCAAUCUGCCUUGAGAGCUAUGUGAAGUACUGUGAGCAGUACCAGCCUCAUGACCCCAUAAUGCAAGGGUGUCUUCCCAGCAAUCCCUGGAUUACAGAUGAUGUGCUGUUUUGGAACAUGAACUCUGAAGCGGUUACUGUUCCCACUAAACUGCGUGUGGAGCGCUGGAGCUUCAGCUUCACGGAGCUGCUGGACGACCCGAUGGGCAGAAAAGAGUUCCUCAUUUAUCUGGAGAAAGAGUUCAGCGCGGAGAACUUGUGCUUUUGGCAGGCCUGUGAGGACGUUCGUCAUGGAGAGAGCUCCAAAAUUCCCGAGAAAGUGGACGAGGUUUACAAGCAGUUUCUGGCUCCUGGUGCAAGUCGCUGGGUGAAUAUCGACAGCAAGACCAUGGAAAAAACCUUGGAAGGGCUCAAGCGUCCUCAUCGUUUUGUUUUGGAUGAUGCUCAAAUGCAUAUUUACUUCCUCAUGAAAAAGGAUUCGUUCCCUCGCUAUUUGAAAUCUGAUCUCUACAAGAGCUUAUUGGCCAGAGCCAUUGUGCCACAGGAGACCAAGAAAAGUGUGUUCCCGUUCAUGCGUCGGCAGCGCCACUCCAGCCCCUCGCCUGCUCUCGUCACCCAUACCACAGAGGAUGAUGGGAAGGCAAAAAACUCAAACUCUGUCAAAAGCAAUUCUGGAACCGCGUCCAGGCUGUAACACAAAAUAUUUGCUUGUGCUUAAAACACUUGAAUUUAUUUUCUGCCGUAUGUUGUUACCUAACACACUUGGGAAAGGAAACUACACUGUUUCCUUUUGUGCUCCACAAAGCAGAUAUUUUAGCCUCUAGGUUACUGUUUAAAAAUAAUUCUCAUCAUAUCAGGCUUGCAUUUUAAAGAUACAGCAAUAAUGCCAUUCAACAUAAUCACAAUCACAUACAGUAAACGUUCAGCUCUUCUAUGAAUGUGUAACUCAAAUCUUUCGCACAUUUGUCAUGUUUUUAACGUGUUUAUUUGAUAUUAAAUGUUCUUUGUGUUAUACAUUUACUGUUGCCUCCGUUUACAUAAAUCAACAUGAUGUCUUUUAAAAUAAAUGUGUACAUUUGGAAGUAGA